AUGUGGCGCGACCGGAUAUCAGCCCAGUCAACUCCCUCCGGAGCCAAUAGCCGCAAUCUUUCUCCUCUACCGCGACGAUCAUCCUCCCAGCUAUCUCCAAGUCCCUACAAUAGCCGCCCUGGUGUAACAUCUAGAACUUCAUCAACAUCUCUUCUCGUGACCCCAAACGACUCUACGGCCUCUCUCCCGACUACACGGGCGACCAAUGGCUCUCCUUUAAAGCAGACGAGUAUUCAACGACCUCGACCGGCCAAUGUCCCGGAUCCGCUGGAAGUCUUGAAUGAAAUAAUCGGGAAGGAAGCUCAAACAGAUAAGCAUGUGCCGCAAUUAUCAUCAGUGCCGGAACGACCAGGACAAUUGGUGGAAGCCAUCCGUUUCGACGGGCUGAGCCUCGAGGACUUUCUGGAAAAGGUGGACCCAACACCAAGGAAAAAGACCCGAGAAAGUGAUGUAAACGCGCAAACUGUUCAACAAUUUGAACAAGAACGAGAUAAGUUCCAAGAGUUACACACAUCCAUUACUGGAUGUGAUGAGGUGUCCAAGUCAGUUGAGCUGUACCUGAAUGACUUCCAGAAUGAACUGGGUGCCGUAUCGGCCGAGAUCGAAACUUUGCAAUCUCGCUCAACACAAUUGAAUGCAAUGCUAGAGAACAGGCGCAACGUGGAACGGUUGCUGGGACCCGCCGUGGAAGAGAUCAGCAUCUCCCCUAAGGCUGUGCGGACAAUUGUCGAGGGCCCGAUUGAUGAGAAUUGGGUGCGUGCACUGAACGAGAUCGAUUCCCGAACAAUGAAUAUCGAAGCCAAGGCCGCCGCUUCCUCCAAUGGCUAUAAAGCCGUCGAGGAUGUACGACCCCUUUUGACCGACGUGAAGACCAAAGCAGUUCAAAGGAUUAGAGACUAUCUUGUGUCACAGAUUCGUGCUAUGCGAUCGCCAAACAUCAACUCUCAGAUUAUCCAACAACAGCGACUGGUGAAGUUCAAAGAUCUAUACAGUUAUCUCUCAAAGGUCCACCCGAAGCUGGCAGGAGAGAUUUCGCAGGCGUACAUCAACACAAUGCGCUGGUAUUACACAUCUCAUUUCACACGCUACCUUCAAGCACUCGAUAAAGUCAAAGUUUAUCCUCCUGACCGUAACGAGGUGCUUGGAGGCGAUCCAUCUACACAUCGAUCAGGGAACAUGAUGCCUGGCGGCCGAGCUGGCUCUGCCGUGCAUGACCCUUUCUCCCUGGGUAGACGUAUUGACGUCCUCCGAACUGGCAACCUCCAGGCGUUAUCCUCAUACCUGGCCGAAGAGGAUAAUACUUACCAUGGAAUCGAAGUUCCAUUCCGAAACUUCAACCUCGCAUUGGUGGAUAAUGUGUGCGCCGAGUACUCUUUCCUGACUGAGUUUUUCUCCCCAAAGACCUUCCAUCAAAUCUCUCGCAAUGCCGUGGAAAUAUUCCAGCAAGUCUUUACCCUUGGUCAGAACCAGACCAAGAAGUUAAUCGAGCACACCACGGAUUCUCUAGGUGUCCUCAUGUGUGUUCGCCUCAACCAGCAUUCCGCGUUUGAGCUUCAGCGCCGAAAGGUGCCCGUCGCCGACUCGUAUGUUAAUGGUACCAACAUGCAGCUCUGGCCGCGUUUCCAGGUAAUUAUGGAUCAGCACGGCGACUCGCUCAAGCGGGUUGGGUCCAACACUGGGCGCAGUGCUGUCUCAGCCCUUUCGAUCGCGGGCGGAGACGACUUGAAGCAGUCUUCAGCACCUCACUUUUUGACUCAACGAUUUGGACAGCUUCUUCAUGGAAUCCUGGUGCUCAGCAGCGAUGCUGGUGACGAUGAGCCGGUAUCUAAUAGUCUGGCCCGGUUGUCUGCUGAAUUCGAUUCUCUUUUGGCAAAGUUGAGUCGCAACGGCACAGACGCCAAGCGAAGAGAGCGAUUCCUCUUCAACAAUUAUUCAUUGAUUUUAACCAUCAUUAGCGAUACCCAAGGCAAAUUAGCAGUUGAGCAGAAGCAGCAUUUGGAAGAGAUGCUCAAGAAUAGUAGCAGCACCAAGCGGUAG